GACAUCACCACCCAGCCCUUGAAAGAUGAGCUGUUCCCGCCGCCACUCCAGCUCCGGCUUCUGGGCUCCGAGGAGGGGUGGGGACGGUGGGGACAUCAGGCUGCUCCCCAGUACCCAGGGAGCGAUCGAAGUGCCCAUGCCGCUUGCUCCGGAGAAGCCAAGGUGUGGCCCCACUCACCUCCCACUGUGAGUCCAAAUGUUCUCUCCCUGGAAGAUACCAAUGUUUCUGUCUGUUCGUGAGGACUCCGUGCCCACCACGGCCUCUUUCAGCACCGACAUGCUCAAUGUCACCUUGCAAGGGCCCACUCUUAACGGGACCUUUGCCCAGAGCAAAUGCCCCCAAGUGGAGUGGCUGGGCUGGCUUAACACCAUCCAGUCCCCCUUCCUCUGGGUGCUGUUCGUGCUGGCCACCCUAGAGAACAUCUUUGUCCUCAGCGUCUUCUGCCUGCACAAGAGCAGCUGCACGGUGGCAGAGAUCUACCUGGGGAACCUGGCUGCAGCAGACCUGAUCCUGGCCUGCGGGCUGCCCUUCUGGGCCAUCACCAUCUCCAACAACUUCGACUGGCUCUUUGGGGAGACGCUCUGCCGCGUGGUGAAUGCCAUUAUCUACAUGAACCUGUACAGCAGCAUCUGUUUCCUGAUGCUGGUGAGCAUCGACCGCUACCUGGCCCUGGUGAAAACCAUGUCCAUGGGCCGGAUGCGCCGCGUGCGCUGGGCCAAGCUCUACAGCUUGGUGAUCUGGGGGUGCACGCUGCUCCUGAGCUCACCCAUGCUGGUGUUCCGGACCAUGAAGGAGUACAGCGAUGAGGGCCACAACGUCACCGCUUGCAUCAUCAGCUACCCAUCCCUCAUCUGGGAAGUGUUCACCAACAUGCUCUUGAAUGUCGUGGGCUUCCUGUUGCCCCUGAGCGUCAUCACCUUCUGUACGAUGCAGAUCAUGCAGGUGCUGCGGAACAACGAGAUGCAGAAGUUCAAGGAGAUCCAGACGGAGAGGAGGGCCACGGUGCUAGUCCUGGUUGUGCUGCUGCUAUUCGUCAUCUGCUGGCUGCCCUUCCAGAUCAGCACCUUCCUGGACACCCUGCAUCGCCUCGGCAUCCUCUCCAGCUGCCAGGACGAGCGCAUCAUCGAUGUAAUCACACAGAUCGCCUCCUUCAUGGCCUACAGCAACAGCUGCCUCAACCCACUGGUGUACGUGAUCGUGGGCAAGCGCUUCCGAAAGAAGUCUUGGGAGGUGUACCAGGGUGUGUGCCAGAAAGGGGGCUGCAGGUCAGAACCCAUUCAGAUGGAGAACUCCAUGGGCACACUGCGGACCUCCAUCUCGGUGGAACGCCAGAUUCACAAACUGCAGGACUGGGCAGGGAGCAGACAGUGAGCAAACGCCAGCAGGGCUGCUGUGAAUUUGUGUAAGGAUUGAGGGACAGUUGCUUCUCAGCAUGGGCCCAGGAAUGCCAAGGAGACAUCCAUGCACGACCUUGGGAAAUGAGUUGAUGUCUCCAGUAAAACACCGGAGAGUAAUUCCUGCCCUGCCCAAUUUUGCAGGGAGCAUGACUGUGAGGAUGGGGUGAACUCGUGCACAGCCAAGGACUCCAUAAACACGACAGCAUUACUGUUCUUAUUUGCUGCCACACCUGAGCCAGCCGGCUCCUUCCCAGGAGUGGAGGAGGCCUGGGGGCAGGGAGAGGAGUGACUGAGCUUCCCUCCCACGUGGUCUCCCUCCCUGCCCCAGCAAGACAACUUGGAUCUCCAGGAGAACCGCCAUCCAGCUUUGGUGCAAUGGCUGAGUGCACAAGUUUCUUGCCCUGGGUUUCUUUAAUCCACUCAGCUGGAACUUUGGAGGACAAUUUCUCGCAUUAAUGAAGAUUAAGCCCUGAGGGGUCCCUAAUAAGAACCUGGAGACCAGGAUUCUAUGGCUCCCCUCACUGAUGGACAAGGAGGUCUGUGCCAAAGAAGAAUCCAAUAAGCACAUAUUGAGCACUUGCUGUAUAUGCAGUAUUGAGCACUGGAGGCAAGAGGGAAGAAAGAGAAGGAGCCAUCUCCAUCUUGAAGGAACUCAAAGACUCGAGUGGGAACGACUGGGCACUGCCACCACCAGAAAGCUGUUCGAUGAGAUGGUCGAGCAGGGUGCUGUGGGUGACACGGACAGCAGAAGGGGGAGACCAAGGUUCCAGCUCAACCAAUAACUAUUGCACAACCACCUGUCCCUGCCUCAGUUCCCUCUUCUGUAACAUGAAGUCGUUGUGAGUAUUAAAGGCAGUAACAGGUAUAAAAGUACUUAGAAAAGCAAAGGGUGCUAUGUACACGUGAGGCAUUAUUAUGCAGAUGUAACUGGGAUAUGUUUACUGUAAGGAAAAGACAAUGAGGUUUAGGAAUAGCUCUGUGGAGCAGAAGCAGUAUUGGGAGCCGGAGGCGGUGUGAAGCACCAGUGUCUGGCACACAGUAGGUGCUCACUGGCUCCCUUCCACCUGUCAUUCCCAUCACCCUGAGGCCCCCACCGCAACACACACACGAGCAUUUGGAGAGAAGGCCAUGUCUUCAAAGUUUGAUGUGUGAUGAGGCAGAGGAAGAUACUUCGAAUCGGUCUUGCCCGGAGGAUCACAGUGCCAAGACCCCCCACUGCCAGCCAGUACCUGGGAAGGGGGAGAGUGCAGGCCUGCUCAGGGACUGCUCCUGUCUCAACAACCAAGGGAUUGUUCCUGUCAAUCAAUGGUUUAUUGGAAGGUGGCCCAGUAUGAGCCCUAGAGGAGUGUGAGAAGGAAUGGCAAUGGUGUUCACCAUUGGCAGUGCCAGGGCAGCACCCAUUCACUUUAUAAAUGAAUAUUUAUUAGCUGGUUGGAGAGCUAAAACCUGGAGAACUAGAACCUGGAGGGUUAGAACCUGGAGAGGCUAGAAUCUAGAGGGGCUAGAACCUAGAGAAGCUAAAACCCUGAGAGCUAGAAGCUGGAGACCUAGAACCUGGAGGGCUGGAAUCUGGAAAGCUAGAACCUGGAGGGCCAGAACAUGGAGAGCUAGAACCCGGGAGGCUAGAACCUGGCAAGCUAGAGCCUGGAGGGAAUGAAUCUGGAGGGCUAGAACCUGGAGAAUGAGAAAAAUUUACAUGGCAAAGAGCCCAUAAAUCCUGACCAAUCCAACUCUGAAUUUUAAAGCAAAAGCGUCAAAAAAAAGAUUCCCUCCUUACCCCCAACCCACUCGUUUUUCCCACCACCCACUCUCCUCUGCCUCAAUAAGUAUCUGGAGAAAGAAAACAGGUGAAAGAAGAAGUAAAAACCAUUUAGUAUUAGAAUGAAGUCAAACUGUGCUACACAUGGUGAAUGAAAAAAAAAAAAAAAGAGGCUGUGUUUUGUCACACAGGGCAGUCAUUCAUCAGCAGAGCACGUGAUGGUCUGAGACUCUCUUAGGAGCAGAGCUCUGCUGCAAUGGCCAUGUGGGAAUCCACAUCUGGUCUGAAGGGCAAGUGAGUCUGUGGGAGAAGAGCUGCCCUGUGCAUGGUGUAGAUGCCCUGAUAAAGAACAUCUGCCCUGUGAAAGACUCAAUGAGCUGUUAUGUUGUAAACAGGAAGCAUUUCACAUCCAAAUGAGAAAAUCAUGUAAACAUGUGUCUUUUCUGUAGAGCAUAAUAAAUGGAUGAGGUUUUUGC